GCUUGGUUUAUUUCUAGAAAACAGCGUUGGGUCAUUCGCUGAAGUCUUCACUCACAUGGACCCUUUCCUUGGGCUCUCUUGGGAGUCUGGAGCCCAGUGGCUGGAACCAAAAGGCCAAGGGCAGGGCAGGAGCUUUGGGAGCCAGGAUGGCGUCCAAUGGCACAGCCCCUUCCUGUGGCCUGGAGUCCACCGUGUUCAAGGUCACCCUCAGCAUGGUGCUAGCAGUCCUCAUCCUCGUCACUGUCGCUGGCAACGUGGUAGUCUGCCUGGCUGUGGGCCUGAACCGCCGGCUCCGCAGCCUCACCAACUGCUUCAUCGUGUCCUUGGCGGUCACUGACCUGCUCCUAGGCCUCCUGGUGCUGCCCUUCUCUGCCAUCUACCAGCUGUCCUGCAGGUGGACCUUCGGCAAGGUCUUCUGCGACGUCUACACCAGCCUAGACGUGAUGCUCUGCACGGCCUCCAUCCUCAACCUCUUCAUGAUCAGCCUCGACCGCUACUGCGCCGUCACGGACCCACUGCGGUACCCUGUGAUGGUCACCCCAGCUCGUGUGGCCAUCUCCCUGGUCUUCAUCUGGGUCAUCUCCAUCACCCUGUCCUUCCUGUCUAUUCACCUGGGCUGGAACAGCGGGAGUGAGGCCAGCAAGGGCAACGACACUACCCGCAGGUGCCAUGUGCAGGUCAACGAGGUGUACGGGCUGGUGGACGGGCUGGUCACCUUCUACCUGCCUCUGCUGGUCAUGUGUGUCACCUACUAUCGCAUCUUCAAGAUCGCCCGGGAGCAGGCCAGGAGGAUCAACCACAUGAGCUCCUGCGGGGCGGCUACCAUCAGGGAGCACAAAGCCACUGUGGCUCUGGCUGUCGUGCUGGGUGCAUUCAUCAUCUGCUGGUUUCCCUACUUCACCGUGUUUGUCUACCGUGGGCUGAAAGGGGACGAUGCCGUCAAUGAGGUGUUUGAAGCCGUUGUGCUGUGGCUGGGCUACGCCAACUCGGCCCUGAACCCCAUCCUGUAUGCUGCGCUCAACAGGGACUUCCGCACGGCUUACCAGCAGCUCUUCUGCUGCAGGCCUGGGCACCGUGGCUCCCAUGAGGCUUCCCUGAGGUCCCUAAGGCUGAACAACUCUCAGCUGUCACGGAGCCACAGCCGAGGACCCAGGUGGCAGGAGGAGAAACCCCUCAAGCUGCAGGUGUGGAGUGGGACCGAAGUCACUGCACCCCAGGGAGCCACAGACAGGAAGCCGGCGCUGUCCUGCACCACGUGCGCCAACAGCCUCCUGAACUGCUGCAAGAGCCUGUGGGGGCUUCGGUUCCUCCACAGGCAGCAGCGAUGCCCCUCAGAGGAGUUGUCCGGGGAGCCACUGCCCGAGGACACCCCGACGACACUGUCCCAGGAGGCUGUCUAAACCCUGCUCCAGGACCCUGAAGAUUCUGCUCACCCAAGUUUGACCUCUGGAGCCCCCGAGGACCCAGUCUCCAAAGCCACGGAGAACUGGGGGCUCCCAGCACACACAGUGGGUGCCGUGGUGCCUAGACCCGGGCUAGACAUUGGCUCUGUGCUCGGCACCCCACCCUCAUGCUCAGGACUCCUCUGGGCUGAAUCCAGGGGUUCAGAGCACACGUUGGUGCUGGCCCUAAGUGUCAUGAGUGGAGACAGUGGGACGUACAGAGGUGCGUGCAUGCGGGAGCCUGAACACGUAUGUGUGGGAACCCGCUUGUCCUCUAAGCAGGGCAGAGGGUGCUGCAUAAACAGGCCUUUCACCCUCUCAUGGGUCAGCAGGACAAAGGGAAGGGAGGAGGAGGAAGAGGAGGGGACUGUCUUCCAUUAGCACCUACUAUGUGCAGGCACCUUACCUCACCUGUGUGCGCUUUCAUAACCCUUUAGCAUGUCCUCAGGGAAAGGGUCACCAUCCCAGCCUCACUGAGGUAGAAACUGAGAGUCAGAAAACUACAGGGCCCCCCUGGGGCCACUCAGCCAGACUGGAAGAAGCACUCAACAGAUUUUGGAAUGGAUGGGUGGGUGGGUGGAUGGAUGGAUGGGUGGAAAGCCAUGCUCUCGACCCUGCACUGCACUAUAGUUUACUCUUUAGAGGUGAAGCAAUUUCCUUGCCUCAGCCUACCCUCUCCUGGCAAAGCCUAGAGCCCUGGGGCCUUGGAAUCCUUUGGGGCUAAAGUCCGACCCUCUCUGCUGCUUGUUGGUGUGCAUGGACUCCCGGGCACCGUGUGCUGACUGGUGGAAAUGAUCAAGGUGGUGCUGGCCCAGGGGUGCCUUUCGAUGGCUGUGUUUCUUUGGGCACAUCUCCUGACCCCGCUGAGCAGCUCUUUACUCCUCUGUUCAACUGGGCAAGUUCCUCCUCCCUAUCUGUAGGGUUGUGGGAGUGACCCCUGGAGACGGGGCGGUGAGAGCCCCAGAGGCAUGAGAGUGUGGGCAGACUUCUCAGCAGCAUCUCUCUUUACUGGCCCUGCCCCUCCAUGACACCCUUGCUAGGCUUCCAAGACCCUGUCUGGUUCCCUCCCUCACUGUCCACCCAGGACUUCUCAGUCCUCUCUGAGCUCAUCACUGUCCAGCCACGAGUGAGCGGCAGCCAUUCUCUAUCGCUCCGUCCAGCGCCCUCCCCUCACUCAGGGUGUCUCCCUCCGUGACUUCACCUACACCCAAGGCCUCAGCUACGAGGCACCAGGAGCCUUCACACAGAUCCCAGGUGUAGCCAGGCUCCUCGGGGCUGCGACCCUUCUGCCUAUGUGCCCCCUCCGGUGGGAUGUUCCCAAGACACCCCACCUCCGAGUUUCCGUAACCACACUGCACGGUGUCCCUGUACCUGCUCCCCCAGGUUCCACUUCUCAUGCAAAAACCCCACUGGGGCUUCCAUAGCUGAGGAGGCAUCGUUUGCCUGCUUCCAGUGUCCAAGCUCUCUGGUCCUAGGCCCCACUGGGGUCCACCCUCCAGCUGAUUCUGUCUGCCCUGCUGUCACUCAUCCCUGGGCCCUGUCUCCAGUAGGACAAAUGGAACAGCUUCUGACGCCUCCCUCCAUGUCCCCACCCCCUUCCUCCAGCCCCUCUCCACACAUGGUGGCCAAAGCUGAUGGCCCACAGGUGCUGUAUAUGCCCCGCAUGCCCAGCCCUCCCUCCUGUCCCCGGCCCGGCCUUUGCCUCCUGGUUUCUGUAUCUCACUGCUCUUCCUGGCAGCCAGGCAUGCUCAGUGCUGUUUCCAUGACGACAUGCUCUUGCCCUUGGGUCAGUUGACUUCCUGCAGAUCUCAGGCACAACUGCCCUUCCUUGAGGAAGUCUUCCUUGUCUCUUCACUGGAAGCCCCUGGCAUGGCGGUAACGAUACUGCCACUUGGCUGACUCCUGGAACAUCAUCUGCCUCCCCUGCUCAUGAGUUCUGGUGACAAUUGUCUGUCUAGUCCCUAGAAGAGUGUUUGGCACACAGUAGGAGCUUCAUGAAUGUUUGUUAGAUUGGCUAGCAGAGAACAUGAAGAGUGCAGAGCGUGGUCAACAGCCUACCUGCCAAUAAACUCAGAGACUUGGUUUGCCCUGGUAAGCCCCAGAGAUGCUUAGUUUCUGGGCUGUUUCUUCUGGAAGUCCCAGAAACCCCUCUUUUGGAAGUUCCCCCAAGAGUCUGAGACAGCUGGGUCUCCAAGUCAUGCCAAGUAUUUGGAGGCAUAAGAUCUACAGUGCAAGCAAACUGCAGCCUGAUCACAGACACGGCUGGUCAGGGCUCCACCCCAGGAGCCCAUUAGCUACCUGCCACUGCAGAGGACUCCUUGCAGCCUGCAUCUGGGCUGUCCUGGCCCCUCUGGAGGCCUCCUGGAGACUCGGCUGGCUGCAGAAG